AUGUCUUUUUUAGAAAACUUAAAAACCUCCCAGAAGACUUGUAUUGUUCAAGAUGGGCGCAGAAAGAUCCAUUUCAUCUUCAAGGACAAGACCGAAUUAGCCGAGGAGUAUGAUUUAAAGACUGAUGUUCUCUUAGUGAGGAAAUGGAAAAAAAGCGGGCGGCUAGGAGGUGAAGGUAAAUGGCAAUUUGAGGUAGGAGAGGAUCUUAGCCCAGGGAGCAGUCUUACUGAAGGCCUAAUGGAAAGUUCAACCAAUCCAGUGUUUGUUCGAAAAGAUGGAAAGGAUGUCUUUCAAUGGAGGAUCCGAAAUUUGCCAUACCCACUAGAGACAUACAAUGUCACUGUAGAUAAUGAACAGAGAACAGCAAUCAUUAGAACCACCAACAAAAAAUAUUACAAGAAAUUUACCAUUGAUGACCUGGAUAGACACAAUCUUCCAUUGGAGCAAGAAAGAAUUGUUCUUUCCCAUUCAAAUAAUACACUCAUUAUAAAGUAUAAAAAACCAACUGAAAUACUCCAACAUGAAAAAUGUAUGCAAGAUGAGUUUAAGAAGAUGAAGGAUGGUGAUGUUGGUUGUAAUCCCAGUUGAUAGGUGGCACUUCAGCAUUGGAAGACAUGUGAUCAA